UAAUAAAUAAAAAUUAAUAAAUCCUGUAACUACAAAAAAUAAGCAACCAUUGUCGUAUAUUUUCUUCUCUCUCGCGUUAUCUGACACUCUUUUCUCUCCAAUUCAACGCUUCUCCAUCAACAGAUUCCCGCAAUUUAUCCAAAUCUCUCUCUCACUCUCUAACGGAUCACUACUCAAAUAUCUCGCUCUAAUACCUCUCCCUAAUUCACCCCUUUCUUCCUUUUCCAAAAGCUAGGGUUUCUCUUUACAGAUCUAGCUUUUUAAUUCGUCUCAUUUCAUGUGCUUGAGUACUCAAAAUGCUCUAUUCGAGCUUUUUAUCGCUGAAAAUUUACUGUUAGAUAGUGUGAUUAGGGUUUGAUUAACUUGGCAGGGAGUGUCAGUGGAUAUUGUUCUGUGAUUUGUGUUUCUGUGUUGUUUUCUAUUUAUGGCUGCUUUGCAGCGAGUGGCGUCCAGUGUGAGUGCGACUGCCAGCAGCUAUGGCUCUUGUAAAGGUGCUGCUACUGCUGCUGCAGAUGUAGUUGCGUCUGAUCAGUUUCCGGCCGGAUUGCGUGUUUUGGUUGUGGAUGACGAUACUACUUGCUUGAAGAUUGUCGAGCAGAUGCUUCGGCGUUGUCUUUAUAACGUUACAACUUGCUCCCAGGCCAAAGUAGCUUUGAAUCUUCUAAGGGAAAGGAAAGGCUGCUACGAUGUCGUACUAAGUGAUGUUCAUAUGCCUGAUAUGGAUGGAUAUAAACUUCUUGAGCAAGUUGGCCUUGAAAUGGAUCUGCCAGUGAUUAUGAUGUCUGCUGAUGGAAGAACAAGUGCUGUAAUGAGGGGGAUUAGACAUGGAGCUUGUGAUUAUUUGAUUAAACCUAUACGUGAGGAAGAGCUCAAGAACAUAUGGCAACAUGUUGUUAGGAAAAAGUGGCAUGAAAAUAAAGAACAUGAACAUUCCGGAAGCUUGGAGGAUAAUGAUCGACAUAAACGAGGAAAUGAUGAUGCUGAUCAUGCUUCUUCUGUUAAUGAAGGAACAGAAGGAUUUUUGAAAUGUCAGAAAAAGAGGAGCAGUCCUAAAGACGAGGAUGAUGCUGAACAGGAAAAUGAUGAUCCUUCCACAUCAAAGAAACCACGUGUUGUAUGGUCAGUGGAGCUCCAUCAACAAUUUGUCAGUGCCGUAAACCAGCUUGGAAUUGAUAAGGCUGUACCUAAGAGAAUUCUAGAAUUGAUGAAUGUACCUGGUUUAACUAGAGAAAAUGUUGCAAGUCAUUUGCAGGUUGAGCAAGAAAAGCAAUUAGUCCCCCUUAUGAGAUCGUCUCUACCUUCAGAUACCCUAAUACUUUUGGGCAAAGAUUUUGAUAGUGGAUCUUCUCGCCCCCUUCUGGUCUUGUUGUUCCUUUGUGAUUUUUGUCUUCAAUACUUUGCUGCAAUAGCAGGAGGAGGAUGUAUAACUGAGGUUCUAACUCUGUUAAUGAUUGUGGAUCCAGCAUCCAAGAAGAGUCCCUGUUUGAGGCAUCCAAAAUUUAGAUUAUAUCUGAAGAGGCUAAGUGGGGUUGCUCAACAAGGUGGAAUAUCUAAUACAUUUUGUGGUCCCUUGGACUCAAAUGGGAAACUUAAUUCACUUGGAAGAUUUGACAUACAAGCUUUGGCUGCCUCGGGCCAGAUUCCACCACAAACAUUAGCAGCACUGCAUGCCGAGCUUUUUGGUCGACCAACAAGUAGCUUAGUUACAACAAUGGACCAACCAGCUCUUUUACAGGCAUCCAUACAGGGUCCCAAGUGUAUUCCUGUUGAACAUGGUGUGGCAUUUGGGCAGCCAUUAGUAAAAUGCCAACCGAGUAUUUCCAAACAUUUUCCGAAAAAUAUUGUAUCCGUUGAAGAUGUUGCUUCAGGAUUUGGAGCCUGGCCUUCUAAUAACCUUGGCACUGUAGGGCCCAAUACCAACCUUGGAUGUAUCACCACUCAAAAUGGGAACAUGUUAAUGGAUAUAUUACAUCAGCAGCAGCAACCACAGCAGCAGUCAAUACCAGAGACUGGCCGUUCAAUCAAUGUGCAACCAUCCUGCCUUGUUGUCCCUUCUCAGUCAUCAGCCAGUUUCCAGGCGGGAAAUUGUCCUGCUUCCAUCAAUCAGAAUUGCAACUUCAACCGGGGUGCUGUUAUUGAUUACAGUCUUCUGUCCUCUCAAUCAAAUAAUACAAAUAUUGGACACAUACGGGACGGGGAUCUAAAAAAUACAGGUGUAGUCAGUGGGUAUUCAGCCCCUGGUUCUAUAUCUCCCACAUCAUCAUGCUCUGUCAAUGCAGACAGUGGCAUCACGCGGCAAGUUCAAAAUUCAACCACAACCUUUGGUGCUUCCAGACAUAUGCCAGGGCUUGCUCCUAAUAUUUGUGACUUCCAGGGUUCUUAUGGCACGAAGUUGGGUGAAGUUCUUGAUCAAGGACCGCUUAGGAAUCUUGGAUUUGUUGGUAAAGGGACUAGUAUUCCAACCCGGUUUGCGGUGGAUGAGUUUGAAGUACCAAUAAGCAACUUGAGCCAUGGAAAAGUCUAUUUGGAGAACAAUGGGAAUAAAGUGAAGCAGGAGCCAAAUCUGGAUUUCACAGAUAAUGCAAGAAUAGGGAUGCCCGUGUUGCAGCAAUUUCAUCCUAAUGAUCUCAUGAGUGUUUUCACGGAAUAGGUAAGUUGGCUACCUGGUUUUGAAUU